AAAUGAGCGGGCCCCGACCUCUGAGAAAUCGUCUGCAGACGGUAAGCACAACGCAAGUAUGAGUGAGCCUGCCGCCGAGUCUGUCUCGGCAGUGAGCCAGCCAACCUUUUUCGUGGUGGACAGUUUCAAUAUCCAUAGGUUGAUUAUUGCUGGGGUUACGUGCUCAAGCAAAUUCUUUUCCGAUGUGUUUUACACCAACUCAAGAUACGCUAAGGUCGGUGGUCUUCCUCUCGCAGAGCUCAACCACCUCGAGAUCCAGUUCCUUGUCCUGAAUGAUUUCCGCCUGGCCGUUCCGGUCGAGGAUCUGGAGGCAUAUGCAACCAUGUUGGUGGAGUUCUAUGCCCGUGAUGUUGUCGGUCACCGACCACGCACGACCAACACCACUUCCAGUCAAGCUAUGGCUACAGCCCCUGACACAACGGCUGCCCCCGCCGCGGCUACAGGAGCUGCUUAGGCUGCUGCUGCCUGGGGCAUUGAUUCUUCCCGUUUCAUGUAGUCUUUUGGCUAUACCUUGAUCCCCCUUUCCUAGCUCCGGAGGCGGUUGGGAGAGGUUCUAUGGCUGUGUCGUGCAACUCGUUUGCUGGGACAACUACUGCAAUUGUUUGCGAGAAAUCUACGACAGGCGAUGUUGCGGCAACCUUCAUUUCGGGAUUCAACCCGAGCGCACACGUUCUGCCAGAUACGUAUUUGACGCAGAUGCUACUUAAAAGGCAGCGGUCUUUUCGUACCCGCACUAGACGAAGACAAACGGAAUGAUAUUCCGCAUCUGGAAUCACGGACGGGGAGUAGCAAAUAAAAGACGGGAUGGGGGGGAUGGGGCCGCCGAGAGCAGAGACACACACCUUGGGUUGGGUGCCUGGUGUUUUUUCUUGUAAGAUUAUUUUUCGCGGGCAUGUUACGUGCAUGGAUGAUGAGAAUGGGACUGGAAUUGGGGUCACGGGCCGACAAGGGCGGUGCCUAUGGGCUGGGAGUCAUGAACAAGACUUUAGAGAAAGACUCGGGGUGUUCUGAUGAUUUUCUUCCCGUCUCUUUUAUGGUCUGAGCUACACCAUACUAGUCUGGCGUUGAAGGUGGUUCUGUUAUUGAGGGAUGGGAUCUCCUUCACAGGCUUCUCCUUCUCUUCAGUUGAUGGGUGAUGACUCUUUUAUAUAUAUAUAUAUAUAUAUAUAUAUAUAUAUCAGUCUGCUAAACCUCUUG